ACCAUUUGUUGGGUAGCCACACAGAGAGAUUGAACGUGACUUCUCUGCGCUUAAAGGAGCCACGAUUGCUAAGUUGAAAAUUUGAGGGAGGAAAGACGAGAAAAAUCGUCACAGAAACUCUGCCUUAAAGCGUUAAACGAGGGCAUUCAAUUUAGAUUAUCGAAGGAUUGUCACAGUGAGACGCUAUCCCUCCGUUGUGUCUUCGCAUUAAAGUAUCGAUUGCGACGCCUGCUAGACAUGAGUAACAGCACAGCUUCAGAUCAGUCUUCUCCGGAGUCAAACGUUGGAAUGACUGUGUUGAGCAGACUUCUUCCAAUAGCCAUAGCCAUUAUUUUGUGCAACGGACUGGUGUUCGUCUUGUUUUGUAGAAAGAAGUGUCUUCGAACCUCAUCCAAUUACUUACUGCUUGGUUUGGCGAUUUGCGAUUUCUUAACAGGCGCUGUCAAUAUUCCAUACUUCGUCAUCUUUCAUUUCCCAGUUGUUCCACCCAGCAUGCGAGCGGACUUUAACUACUGGUUGUUCAUUGUGCAUACUCUUACGGCUGUGUCAGCCGCAUACCAUCUCUUCAUCAUCACUGCAGAAAAGUAUUCAGCGAUCAUCAGGCCAUUAAGACACUAUCUCGUAACCAAGAAGAUGGUCUUUAAGGUGUUAGCUGUGAUUUGGAUCUUGUCUACAUUAAUUGGCAUCACCCCGUUGAUUUGGAAAAACAGUCAGUCACUUCCUCUGUGUUUCGCAAUCUAUUCUAUAGUUUGUCUUGUAUUUGUCUUUGUUAUUCCAUAUACAUUCAUGAUUUAUGCCUAUAUAGUCAUGUUCAAAGCGAUUACUAGCAAAAGAAGACCAUCUUCAUCGCACAGAGGAGUUACAUCAAGACAGAGAAGGAGGCGCACUAGUGAUAGAAAGUGCAUCUUAGUUUUCGCGUUAAUGGCGGCAAUAUUUGCAAUUUGUUGGCUGCCUUACUUUACUAUUAUGAUGGUUUUAAACAUCAAAGGUUAUCUGAGGAUCAGGAUCGAGUUGACGUCACCAAUCGCCAAAGCCGCCGAGGUAUUUGCCUUUGUUCGAUAUAUCACAUCUGUCGUCAAUCCACUUCUUUACACGUUUUUUAAGCGCGACUUUUCGCGAGCUUUAAUAAGUAUCCUUUUCAAGUCGAAUAAUCGCACGAAUCUGGCUUCAAGGCAAUCAUUUUUAAGACAUCGUUCAGUUACUUCGGUACAAUCACGGCUCUCUUGGACAAGAGAAAGUUCUGAAAGAGAAAAACAUUCUGUGAACGCAAACCUUCUCGAAGGGCAACAAGUCUUUGUAUCUUCCGUUUAAAGCAGCUUGAACCAUCUCGCAGGCUAUGAGUUUGGGGAUGCUGUGGGACCCUAAAAAGAAUCUUUAGGAGAGUUUAUCGGAAAUAGGUAGUGGAUUAUGCAAACCUUGCUAACUGAUACUCUUCUUUAGACAC